GCCGCCUCACCCCACCCGCCGGCGCAGCAGCAAGCAGCGGCAGCAGCAGCAAUGGCGCGCCUGCUCCUCCCCCAAUGCUGCUGCGGCCUCACGCCCCUGCACCUCCCGCGCCGCGCCGUCGCGCUCCCUCCCCCGCCGUCCCUCCUCCCCUCCUCCGGCGUCGCCGCGUCCCGCCGCGCGCUCUCCCUCCGCGUGGCCGUCGCCGCGCCCGCCCGCCUCGUCACCGCCGAGGACGAAGGCUCCGGCUCCGGCUCCUCCUCCCGGGCCUCCGCGGGCCAGGACGGCGGCGAGGGCCCCUCCGCGGACGGGUUCGACCCUGGCGCGCCGCCGCCGUUCGGGCUGGCGGACAUCCGGGCCGCCAUCCCCAAGCACUGCUGGGUCAAGGACCCCUGGCGCUCCAUGGGGUACGUGGUGCGCGACGUCGUCGUCGUGCUCGCGCUCGCCGCCGCCGCCGCCCGCCUCGACAGCUGGCUCGCCUGGCCCGUCUACUGGGCCGCCCAGGGCACCAUGUUCUGGGCGCUCUUCGUCCUCGGGCACGACUGCGGCCAUGGGAGCUUCUCCAACAACGCCAAGCUCAACAGCGUGGUCGGCCACAUCCUCCACUCCUCCAUCCUCGUGCCUUACAAUGGCUGGAGGAUUAGCCACAGGACGCACCACCAGAACCACGGCCACGUCGAGAACGACGAGUCCUGGCAUCCGCUCCCAGAGAAGCUGUACAGGAGCCUGGACAGUGCCACUCGGAAGCUUCGGUUCGCGCUGCCGUUCCCGAUGCUCGCGUACCCAUUCUAUUUGUGGUCGAGGAGUCCAGGGAAAUCAGGCUCGCAUUUCCACCCGAGCAGCGAUUUGUUCCAGCCGAAUGAGAAGAAGGACAUUCUGACGUCGACGACAUGCUGGCUUGCCAUGGCUGGCCUGCUCGCUGGGCUCACCGUCGUGAUGGGGCCUCUUCAGAUACUCAAGCUGUACGCUGUACCCUACUGGAUUUUUGUUAUGUGGCUGGACUUUGUCACCUACCUGCACCACCACGGCCACAACGACAAGCUUCCCUGGUACCGCGGAAAGGCAUGGAGCUAUCUUCGCGGGGGCCUGACGACGCUUGACAGGGACUACGGGUGGCUCAACAACAUCCACCACGACAUUGGGACUCACGUGAUCCACCAUCUUUUCCCGCAGAUCCCACAUUACCAUCUAGUGGAGGCGACCGAGGCGGCGAAGCCAGUGCUGGGGAAGUACUACAGGGAGCCAGACAAGUCCGGCCCGUUCCCGUUCCACCUGUUUGGCGCGCUGGCACGGAGCAUGAAGAGCGACCACUACGUCAGCGACACCGGAGACAUAAUCUACUACCAAACUGACCCGAAACUAGCCGGCGGUGCACAAGCAUCCGAUUAACAACAUCAAGCAUACUCUUUGUGGGGGGUGCUGCUCUCUGCUAUCACCUGACCGAUUAGCCCUCUGCCGCCUCACCUUGCCAAGUUCCUCAGCAUCCGGCAAUUCAAGCAGGUGGACGGCGCCGGCAUACUGGAUUUUUGGUUGUACAAUAGGCUUGAAGCCAUGGUAGAAUAGAUUAUGUGCUUGUACGAAACAAGUGAUUCUUUGGACCAGAGCCACGGCAGCUCUAAAAAGAUUGGAAAAACUUGCCUGAUCAAGGGGCAUUCAUUGCUUGAUACUACAGCACUGUUAUACAAUUAUAGAGCAGUAUUUAUGUCA